AUGAUAUUGAAAAUUAAAAUUAAUAUGAACAUCUUAAAAUAAAAGCAAGAAGCAUAAAUAUGUGCAUUAGACACUAUAUGCUAAACUCAUCAAUUAGAAUUGAUUGCAGUUGAUUUAGACUUGUCAGACAAAGCUCAGAUAAAAUUCUAUUGUGGUAAAUGCUUAGUUGAGAAAAUAAAUAAUAAUAACUUGACAACUAUAGAGUAGUCAAAGGAGAGAAUCUUAUAAGCAAAAGCUAAAUAAUAAGAAAAUAACAUUAAAGAAAAUUAAGCAAGGCUGACCUAUUACAAGAAUAUAUUAGAUCAAAUUUUAGACUUCAAAAGAUCUGUAGAUGAUACUUUAGAAAAGAUAUAUAAACAAAUAUAAUAAUUCAUAUUUCCAAUUUAGAAAGAGAAAUAAGAAUUGCAAGAUUAUGAAUAAUAAUUAAAUUACUUUGAAGAUAUUAAAUAAUUAUCCUAGUUAUAUUCCCAAGAAUGUUAGAAAUCAUAGAAAUUAGUAGAAGAUAAUAAUUUUAUUGAUUCCAUUCAAAGUCAAUUAGAAUUACUCUUCAAUAAUUCUGAAUACUUUUAGAUGUUAGACACAAUUAAGAAUACAAAAGGGAUUAUUAAAGAUAUUAAGGAAAAUAAUGCUAUUGAAUUAAUUCCGCUAUUAAUAAUUAAAAAUGAUUAGGUAUUACUUAUUUAUUAUGAUUAGAAAACUCUAAGUCUAAAUAGAAUUUGUAGUAAUCAUAAAAAAGAGAUUAUUAUGAUUGAUAUGGAUUCACAAAAUAAGAAAAUUGAAGAUAGAUUUGUUUGUGUCCAUUGCAUUUCUGAGAAUCCAUAAAUUAAAUAUUAGCCUAUUGAAAAUGUGAAUAAGCUAUGGAAUGACUAUCGCGUAGAGUCUGAAAAAAUAUAAGAGAAAUACAAAAUAGAAAGCAGAAUAAAAAAAUCAGAAUUAUUUACUCAAAUAGCCAAAAUGAGAAAGGAUCAUAAUAAGAAAUUGAAUGAUAUUACAGAAAAGUUGAUUACAGAGUAAUUCCUAGUAAGCGAUAAGGAGAAAAAUCCAAAUUAAAUAAAGAAUAUUUCUAUUUAAACAUUAAAUGAUGAAUAACUACUAAGAGAUUUAGCUUAGUUAAUUCAAAAGGAAAAAGAAAAUGUAUCUUAAAUCCAAAUAAUUACAAAUUUAAAGAGUAAAGAAUCCAAUUUCAAAAAUGAAAUUGAAUUUCAUUUAGAAUCUCUAAAGUAAAAUGGUUUAUAAGACAUCUAAUAAUCAUUAGAUAUUCUCAAGGACAAUUCAAGUAUGAGUAUCAUAACAUUAUUUAGUUGAGAAAACUCUAAUCAUUAAAUUUUCUGGGAUACUAGAAUAAAUAAAAACAUAUAGAUAAAACGAAGUAAACUAAAAAAACGAAGAUAAUUUUAUAAAGGAAUUUUAAGAAUUUAUUGAAUCAUCUAAAAAAUGUGAAAGCCAAUUAAAUUUAUUUGAUGAAAUUUUAACAAUUUAUUAGCAACAUAUUUAGAAAAUUUAAUAGAUUUAAUAGAAUGUCUAAAUAAAAUAAUAAGAUUAAAAAAACAAUUCAGAAUAGGUAAAUACUUAAUAUUUGAAUAUUUCCAAUAUUUUGAAUGAUUAUGUUAAUUCCUUUCAUAAUAGUACUAACCAAUUGAAAAAGUAUUGUAAUAUUUAAUAAUUGGAAAAUGAUUUGACAAAAUUAACAGAAUCUAGUAGAAAUUUGGAAUUUGAGAGUACUAAAUUAUUUAACUCUAGAAAAUAAUUCAAUCAAUUAGAUGUAACAAGCAUUUGACUAGAAAUUGAAAGAGAUAAAUGGGAAGUUAGACUUAAUGGAAAAAGAAUAUAAAAAUGCAAAAAAAUAAUCCGAUUUGGCUCAUGAAGAAAAUAUUCACCUUAAAAAUUUGCACAAAAUGGAGAUUAAGUAACUAGAAGAUUAAUGUAUGUAAUAACCCAAAUAUUAACAGAAAAUAAAUUAAAAUAGGAAUUUAGCCAAUAAUUGAGUUAAAAAGAAUCAAAGUUAAUA